AUGAAGUGUUUGGCCAGAUCAUAUUUUUGGUGGCCUUCACUGGAUAAAGAGAUUGAGGACAUUGGCAAAAAGUGCGAUCUGUGUAUCCAGAACCGACCUGAGCGAAGCGAUCCAAUAUCUCCCUGGCGUCUUACUAGCGCACCUUGCGAUCGUGUACAUGUAGAUCAUUUUUCGUUCCGUGGAGCUGAAUAUUUCGUGUUGGUCGAUAGCUACAGUAAGUGGAUCGAGACGUAUGCAGUACGUUCGUUAACCUCGGAGGAAACUAUCGAGAAAAUUGCGGAGUUUACAACGCCGUAUAGUCCCUGUUCCAAUGGUGCAGCUGAAAAUGCCGUAAAAACUGUGAAAAAUGCAUUGAAAAAGUUAUCAUCAGAUUCAGCGUUCAAGCGAAAGUCAGUGACGUGGCAGCUGAACUCAUUCCUAGAGAUGUAUCGUGCCACUCAUCAUGCUACAACCGGAGAGAGCCCAUAUAAGCUAAUGUUCAGUAGGGAGAUGCGAAUCCGGUUUGAUAAGCUCAAGGCUAAUUCUGAGAGACGGCACCGUGAGACAAUUGAAGAUCUCAACGCUAAGAAGAAGAAUUUCAAUUUUGAAUUAGGAGAAACGGUUUAUGCCCGAGCCUACCGUGAUCCAAAGAAACCUUUAUGGGUACGAGCAAAGAUAACUAAGAAAAUUGGUGCUGUACUGUACGAAUGUGUUUCGGACGAGCUAGGAAUUAUCAAGCGAAGGAGUCAUCAGCUGUUGAAGUACACUUUCGACGACUAUGAAAACGACGCAAGCAACUCUAGUAAAGCUGAUGCACAGCUCAAUGACAACACGGGCAUUGAAACGAAUGACGAGUCAGUGGAUGGACCAAUCGAAAAGGAGGAGGAGUCUGUGGUAAGACCUGGAACAUCCAACUUGUACGUAACCAGGUAUAAUCGAGUUGUGCUACCGCCAAGUCGCUUUGGAGGAGAGUAG